AGCGAUGGCAGCGGCAGGUUGACACCGACUCGCUGCUCCAUGUAAAGUGUUGAAAAGUUGGCGCCAACCCCCCGCACCGCCGCGCAGCGCUCUCACGCACGUUCCCCCGCACAGGCGCUGUACAGCGGGACUCGCCCGCACCGUGGGACGUGGAAGCAUGCCCGCAGCUACUGUCGAUCACAGCCAAAGAAUAUGUGAGGUCUGGGCCAACAACCUGGAGGAGGAGCUGAAGAAGAUCCGACACGUCGUCCGCACCUUCAGCUACGUUGCCAUGGACACAGAGUUCCCUGGUGUGGUGGCACGACCCAUCGGGGAGUUCCGCAGCAAUGCCGACUACCAGUACCAGCUGAUGCGCUGCAACGUGGACCUGCUGAAGAUCAUCCAGCUGGGCUUGACCUUCAUGAACGAGCAGGGAGAGCAUCCCCCGGGAACCUCCACCUGGCAGUUUAAUUUCAAGUUCAACCUCACAGAGGACAUGUACGCGCAGGACUCCAUCGAGCUCCUCACCACUUCAGGGAUCCAGUUCAAGAAGCACGAGGACGAAGGCGUCGACGCGCUGGACUUUGCCGAGCUGCUGAUGACGUCGGGGGUGGUGCUGUGCGACGGCAUCAAGUGGCUGUCCUUCCACAGCGGCUACGACUUCGGGUACCUGAUCAAGAUUCUGUCCAACGGCAAACUCCCCGAGGAGGAGGUGGAUUUCUUCGAGAUCCUGCGCCUCUACUGUCCGGUCAUUUACGACGUCAAGUACCUCAUGAAGAGCUGCAAAAACCUGAAGGGUGGGCUACAGGAAGUGGCGGAGCAGCUGGAGCUGGAGCGGAUCGGGCCGCAGCACCAGGCGGGCUCGGACUCCCUGCUCACGGGGAUGGCCUUCUUCAAGAUGAGAGAGAUGUUCUUCGAGGAUCACAUCGACGACGCCAAGUACUGCGGCCACCUGUACGGGCUGGGCUCCGGCUCCACCUACGUGCAGAACGGGACGGGGAGCGCUUACGAGGAGGAGGCCAGCAAGCCGCCGUCGUGACACCAUGGCGACCAUCCCGCCCGCCCCGCCCCGCCCCGCCCCGCGCGUAACGUUCAGCAGGACGUGUUUUGGACCUCAGUUAAUCGUGAUGGUAUUUUAGUUUCCUCAGAUAUUCUGUAGAAAUGUUUUGCACUUUAAACCCAUGAUUUUAUACGAAAGAAAAAACCCGUUUCGGACGUCUGGUCUUUGUUGCCUUCUCUCGUGCGGACCUUCUCCGGGCUCAGCCUUAAACCUCAGCCUCUUUUUUUAAACUUUUAUUUAUUGUGCUGGAACGUCCCAGAGAAAAAACAAAAGGGAGCCCCCGCGCGGCGACACAAGCUCUGGUCCUGUUGGGUCUGGCACGUGUGUGUGUGUGUGUGUGUUUCAGUGAGGUGCUCGCUGCAACAACAGGUGCAUGCCUGGUCAUGUGAUCCCUGCCGCGCCACCUUGGAGCGGGUUGUUGACUGGCGCAGCUGAUGGCUGACGCAGUAAAAGGUGGUCGGCAAGAGGAUGGUUUUUAGCUUCUUUGGUAAAUAAAGGCCUGGAGGCUUUUCUACUGGAGUGCACUGGAAACAGCACCAGCUCUUUUAUUCCAAGGCAUGACCUUAAACAGCACAUUGGGAGUCACAACAGCAAGAUACAAAAAUAUUGGUGACGCCUUGAUGUUUUGGUUUCGUUUGAAACAAGCUUACAUUCAUGACCCAGGGAUGGCAGCAGGGUUUUCCUUGCCUCCAACCGGAGUCCCCUCGGCCUGCUCCAGAACCUCCUGAGCGGAGCGCAGGCCUCAGCUGCUCCUCCAAGCCAUAUUUUAGUUUUUCAAACCCAAGGCUCGGGGACCAAAUCCAGCCAGAGGUACAUUUUUUUUCGGCCGUUCUCAGACGACCUUUUUCGUGUGAAACUAAUUUCCCAUUUUCCUGACACCGAGCCAAACAUGUCUCUUGUUUCUUUCACUCCUGUGAUGAGAGCCUUUGGACUGAAGCGUCCAGGAGUCGCACGGCGGAUGGGACGACUCGGACACAAACUCGCUGUCCGUUACGCUUCGUUCUCCACGGUCAUCCCAGGGUUGGAGGAGCCUGAAGAAGCGUUUGGACCCGAUGAG